GGUUCUUUGUUCAACAACAAAGUGUGUUUCGUACCGGCCAUGGGAGCUGCAUGGAUGGCUUAAAAAGUAGUUGAGAAGAGUAGAUCGUUAUGAUUUGUUAAACAAUAGCUGCCAAGUCACUAUCAAACGAGUCAUAGACGAUCAUUUUCUCCAAUCGAUCCAAAAAAAGUUACAUAAGUAGCAUAUAACGCGUUGUCCAAAAAAACGCAUAAGCUAGCUAUAUAAUGAAUACAUGUCCCACUUAAUCUCUUACGUUCUGAUAUAUCCUCUAAUGGCAACUCAUCGAAUUUUCAUCACUUUUGUCACUCUUUUUUGUUGUUUCUGUCUACCUCAUCUAAUAGAAGCUGAACAAGUGUUCGUGGAUCAAUCCGGCAAUGGCAAUUUCACGACAAUACAAAAAGCUAUCGAUUCGGUUCCAGCCAACAAUCGUAAUUGGUUCUUCAUCAACGUUGCAGCCGGCCUUUACAAGGAGAAAGUAAAGAUACCACGUGAUAAACCCUUCAUUGUACUAGUGGGAGCUGGAACGAGUAAAACUAGGGUUGAAUGGGACGACCAUGUCUCAAUACAAACUCCUACUUUUGCUCUUUCCGCAAAUAACACCGUCGUUAAGAGCCUCACUUUCGUGAAUACGUAUAAUUUACCGAAUAACGGGAAAGUGAACAAAAACGAUAUCACUCCUGCGCCGGCGGCGAUGAUCGAAGGUGAUAAGUGUGCUUUUUACUCGGUAGGGUUUGCUGGAAUUCAAGAUACCUUGUGGGAUAAGAAUGGUCGACACUUUUUUCACCGUUGCACUAUCCAAGGCGCCGUUGAUUUCAUCUUCGGGAGCGGCCAAUCUAUUUACAAGAAUUGUGAUAUUCAAGUGCUAGGAGAGGCCCUAGAACCCGGGGCUGGAUACAUAACGGCUCAAGCACGGACAAGCCCGGACGAUGCGGAUGGAUUCGUGUUCAUGGAUAGCCUUGUUCACGGAACGGGGAAGGCUUACUUGGGCAGAGCGUAUCGGAAUUACUCUCGAGUGAUCUUUUGCGACACUAACUUGACCAACGUGGUCGUUCCCAAAGGUUGGUGGGAAUGGAAAUUUGUGGGCAACGAAUCACGGCUGACGUAUGCAGAAGUUCGAUGCUUUGGAAGUGGAUCUAGUACGACUGAACGUGUGAGAUGGGUUAAGAAGCCGAGUGAUCCCAUCGUUCAACGUUUGUGUAGUCUCGACUUUAUUAAUAAUGGUGGGUGGGUUCAAAAUUUGCCCAUUCGUGGUUGAUUGAUCUCAUUGCUUCUGUUUAUCUUGUUUUUUUUAGUUUCAUAUUUUAUCAUUCCCAAGUUUAAGUUUGACUAAUAAAAAAUAUAAUGAAUAACUUUGUUCUCGAUCUUACAUAAUGUGGUAUACAAUCAAACAACGAAUUCAAAAAAAACAGAUUAUAGUUUUCAGGAUUUAAACUUAUAACACACUAAUUUCAGAUCAGUUGCCCUGGAUAUCGGAUCAUUUAUGGAUAUGAACCUCAUAUAUACGGACUAUAUAGAAUUCGAUAUUGGGUUUGAAAGACUAUAUAUCGUAUUCAUGCCCUAUAUCUUCUUUUAUCCAUCGUUGGUGCAUUUGACAAAAAAAUCAAUGGUGUUUUUUCCUUAAAAGCUUUUCGAAUAAAAUAUAAUAGGGACGGACAUAUGUAAAAAAUCUUACCAAAGUUCCAUGAUAUAUUCGACUAAAUACAGACAAAUCUCAUAUGUCAAUCUUAUUAUAUAAAGCUUGGUUCUUCAAAGUUGAUAAUCAAUAUGAUCGCGACACAUGUCAAUAAUAUAUUUAAGAUUGUGACAUGUGUUAAUUUAUCUCAUAAUUAAAAACAUAUAUACUAAGAUAUUAACAAAAACGAAUUUAUUAAAAAUCUUAUUAUAUAUAUUAUUUAAUAGUAAUUUUCCUUUGUUUAAGAUCUUACUCAAAAGAUAAUUGCAAAAGAUUAUUUGAUAAUAAUUUUCCUUCUAAUAUUGUGACAUGUGUUUAAAUAUACAAUGACUAAAAAUAUAUAUAUAUUAAGAUAAUAAAACGAUUUUUGAAAAAAACUACUUAAAAAAUUAUUUAAGAGUAAAAAAGAUUUAAAAAAUAGUUAGUAGUAAUUGUUUUAGAAAAUUUCAUUUUUUCAAAAUCCUAAAAAAUAGAUUUGAAAACAAAUUAUUUAAUAUAAUUUUUUUCUUAUUUUUAAGAAAAAUCCUUUUUUAUUAUUUUAGUAUAUGUAUUUUUGAUUAUGAUAUAGUUUAACACAUAAAUGUUUUUAGAAAAAUAAUGACCAUGUGCAACAAUCAUGUUAAUCAUCAAUUUUGAAGAACCAAUUUCAAUAUAAUAUUUUAUAAUUAUAUUUUCAUUAAAACUAAGAAAACAAUUCUAUUAAA